AUGACUGCCCACCUGAAGGACCAGCUACACGGGAGGAAGGCUAAGACUGGGCUGGAGAGGAAGUAUGUGAAGAGCAGCGCGGAGCUGCUGGUGUACCAGGGACAGAAGAUCAACACACACUCUGAGAAGCAGCUGGAGGAAGAGAUCAGGCUACUGCAGGAGAGGUUGGAGGAGGAGAGGAGAGUUCAUAUGGAGAUGGAGACUUUCCUCAAGAAACAUCAGACAAGUCUGGAUGAGAAGCUGGAGGUGUGGAUGGAGCGCUAUGAGAGAGACAUGGAGGACAAGCAGCAGGAGCUCAACAGCCUGAGGAACAAAAAAGCUAACAAUCUCUCCCAGCUCCAGGAGCUGGCCAAGAAAUAUACGGUUUAG